AAGACACAAGAUCGCGAUUCCCACGUGAGUAGUUUUUAUCUCAAUAUUUUGGGCAGUAUCUUUGCUCAAGGCAUAGGAAACCUGCCUGUCAACCAAUGGUACAUAUUUCCUUCAAGCAUAGAGCAAGGAAAACGUGAAUAGCUUACAGAAUGGUAUUCUUCACUUGCAAUUCCUGCGGCCAGUGUGUUAAGAAAGCUCACGUCGAGAAGCACUAUCUGACGGAAUGUCGCAACUGUGAAGUUCUGUCAUGCAUGGAUUGUGGAAAAGACUUUGUAGGGGAUGACUACAAACAUCACACAAAAUGUGUCUCGGAAAACGAGAAGUAUGGUGGGAAGGACUACAGAGCGAAUGCCAAACCAAACAAGGGAGAGGUCAAACAGUCGCAGUGGAUCGAGUGUGUUCAAGCAGCGAGUUCCUCACAGUCCGUCAGCCCUAGAGUCAGGGGUCUGCUGAACCGUCUAGCUGAUUACAACAACAUUCCUCGGAAAAAGGCCAAAUUUGAGAAGUUUGUUCAGAAUAGCUUGAAGGUGUGGGAUGCGUCGUUGAUUGAGCAGAUAUGGACUGUGUUCAGUGAGGCUGGCAACAAGCAGAAAACACAAACUGAGCAGAAGUCAACAGACGAAGCUGGUCAACGAGAGACACAAGGUCCUGAGAAGGAUUCUGAACUUGGACAACAGGACACAAGAGCUCCGGAGAGUGGAUCACAAAACGGUGAGUCCUCAGAGGCACAGUCUGAUAAACACUGUGGACGGGACACCAAGAAGAAGAAAAAGAAGAAGAGAGAUAAACAUGAGCAGCAGGAGUCUACGGAAGGCUUGAUUGAAGAGACGAGCGUGGUGCAUGAGGGAGGGGCUGGCGGGAAAGAAGACAAGCAGGAAGACACUGAUUCACCGAAGAAAAAGAAGAAAAAGAAACGUGACAAGGAGCAACAAGCUUCCAAGGAGGACUUGAAUGAUGAAGUGGAGGAUGUUGUUAAGAGUGAUGCUGACAGGACUAAUACCAGUGGAGCUGAACAAGAGGAAAGAGGACCAUCAACGAAGAAGAAAAAGAAGAAACACCAAAAAGAUUCUGCUGAAGAAGAUGAGGAUGUAACAAAGCUGAGAGAUAAGGAAAGACAGAUGGAAACUCACAGAGAACUGAAACACGAGAAAAGCAAUGAAAUAAGAAAAGACAAGCGACAACACAAACAGAAGAGGGGACAUUUGAAAGAUGAAAACAGCAAGGGAGUCAGCAGUGAUGCAGCUGAAAGAGACGCAGGACUAAAAAUGGAUCCGGGGCAGAAGACAAGAAAAACGGGCUUGGUUCAUGUAAAUGGAGAUGGAGAGAAAAGAAAACAGAAAAGAGACUCUGUCAUAGAUGGAGUGGGCGAUGAAACAGGAGGUGUCAUAGAUGGGUUACUUAUUCUGAGUGGGAAGAAGAAACAGAAGAGACAAAAAGCUAAGGAGGAAACGGGGUACAUGUAUCACAAGGAUGGAUUGCUCUUGGUGAGCGAAAAGAAGAAAAAGAAGACGAAGAAACACGAACAUGAAUCUCCAGAUCAGAAUGGCGAUGAUCCAGAUGUAUUGAUGACCGAAUCCAAGGUUGAAAAGAGUGAAGGUGGGGCUGUUCACAUCAGCAGAAAGAAGAAAAAGAACAAAUCAAAGCAUACAGAAGCCACUACCGAUGACAACGUUGAUGCCGGUGAGAAAUUAUUUGACAAGAAGAAAAAACACAAAAGUAAAAAUGAAGACGUUCGUCUUGAAGAAAGUGAUCCAGCUCAACAGACAGAAAAGAAGAAGAAGAAGAAAAGAAAGCUGAAUUCCACCAGUGAUGAAAAUGGAGUGCAACUCAAGAUUCAAAAUGAGAAUGGAAACUUUGAGCAGGAAUCUCCGUCAAGUAAAACCAAAAAGCCCAAAAAGAGAAAUCAGGUGGAUAGUGCAGACGACUUCCAGACACCCAUCAAAAAGAAAAAACGAACCAAAUUUGUCGAUGAGAAUGGACAAACAGCUCGGAAAAAGAGCCAUACGAAGAAAAAAGGACAUCCCUGAAAGUGCAACUCAUUUGCAAACCGAUCUUAUUCCUGAGAUUGUUACGCUCCUGUUGUUACAAAUUUCAGAAUUUCUUUAUAGACCUGAGAGAUCCAGAAUACAAGUAUUUUACUUGGGUACAAUAGUUCGUGUUCUUCACAUUUAUUGUAAACGUUGAAGACAAAAGUACUAAUUUAGAUCAGAAAAUGGUUCCAGGAGACUGAAGGUGUUCCAACAAAUUGCCAAGUUGUACUUAGUUUGAAGAUACUUAGAUUAUCUGCACAUGCUGCUAUAAAAAAAAGCGUAAUACAUAGCUUAUCCAUUCAAAUAAGACAGUGGUCAAGUUUCGGUUUAUAUGCUGGGGCAUGCCGAGUUUGGACAUGAAACAUGUUUUCAAAGUACAUGUACAUCAUAAGAAAAUCCCUUUACAACCAAUUUUUUGCAAUGAUGUAUUUCUAGGCCCUUUUUCUCUAAGUCUAUUUUUUGCCAUUUUUCUUAGUUAGUUCAGACUUGUUGAUUGUACUAGGCUUCAUGCCCCAAUGUCAUAUUCAUGUGGUUAUCCGAUACAUUAUUUCUGUGAAUUUUUAGAUUUUUUAGUUGGUAAGGAAUUUGACACUUGGUUUUAUUUUUAAUGAAAUAGCAGAUUAACACAAACACAAUGUGUAACAAUAAGAAAUCGCGACAAAAAUAUAUUUUUUUUCUCCUUUUAUUUUAUUGAUCCCUGCAUAGCUGCAUGUUCCUAGUUACAUUUGAAAUACAUGUUACUGUAAUUUUAAGUCAAUGUCCCCCCCCCAAAGUGCUGCAUUCCUAAAUACAAUUCUUUGCCCCCCUUUUUUAACACAUUCCUUUUGGUCCAAAAGAUGUUGUUUUUUUAUUUGAGAAUUUGAUGAGUUGACAUUUUAAAGGUUUUUUUAACGAUAAUUUUCCAAGUGAUUGCCGGCCAAGGUAUUUUUUUCCCUAAAAAAUACACAUACAUUGUAUUCAAUACUUUUUUUUAUACUGUACAGCAAUUCCAAUCGAUGUAAGAUUUUUAUCCAAGAUUGGUUUCAUAUAAUUUUUCAGUCAUGAUAAGAAUGGUGAUAUGAAUAUUCAAAUAUUAUUUGAUGUAGAAAAAAACAUUUAAUCUUUUUCAGUGAAGAAAUCUCAGUCACAGCUUGUAACGAGUGUUACGUACUCAAUCAAAUGUCAAUUAAAGAUCAUGAUUUACAAGAAAAAGGUUACAAAUGUAUUCCCAAAAUAUUUUCUUGAUUAACACUAUGUAUCAAAUGAAGAUAUAAAGCUGCCAAUAAAAUAUUGCUUUAUGAUAUUAAGUAAAAGCUGUCAGAUUAAAAUCAUUUGAAAGAUUUCA